AUGCCGAGGAAUAGACGAAUAGUUGAUACUGUUAGAGUAGAGGAUGAUCAGGAUAAUGUCCCUAUUGGGCGGUUGAGAACUGCAAGGCAGAGAAGGAGGCGCGGUGCACCCGUGCCUCAACAUGUUGAGGAGGUACCUCCACCAGUGGAGGAAGAGCCUCAGGAGAUAGAAGAGGAAGAUAUUGUUGAUGAAACAGGUGUGGGGGUAGCUGACCCUGAACCUGUUACAGAGUUUCAGCAACUUAGCCAGGUUGUGCGAACCUGGAUAGAGUUUUCUAUGGAGAGAGAUAGAAGGAGGGAUAGAGAUGUACCUUCGACAUCCCACACUGUUCAGGGAGUUAAUGUGCCGUUGAAUGACUUUAUGAAGUUGGCACCUCCUAUUUUUACUGGGAUGGACAGUUCAGAGGAUCCUCAGAGGUUCCUAGAUGAUAUUUGGCGACGGUGUGAAGCUUUGGGAUGUACAGACCACCGAGCUGUGAGUUUGGCAUCGUUCAAGUUGGAAGGAGAUGUGGCAAUCUCUUGGUUUGAGUCUAGGAAAAGAGCAAGACCAGUAGAGGCUCAGUGGACAUGGAAGGAGUUUAGCUCCAUGUUCUUAGACAGGUUUCUCCCUCAGAGCGUCAGAGAUGCUCGACUUUAUGAGUUUGAGAGGCUAUCUUAG